UCAUCGAUACGUUACUCAGCAUAGGAAACCAGGAAAUAUGGCGACUCACCACCAACCUGCGCCUCAUCAGAGACCAAUUCAACAAGACUGGGCUAACAGAGAAUACAUAGAAGUGAUAACCUGUAGCAUCAAGAAAAUAUCAGAUUUCUUGAAUUCAUUUGACAUGUCAUGCCGUUCAAGACUUGCCACUCUGAAUGAGAAGUUGUCAGAAUUAGAGCGAAGGGUGGAGUAUAUCGAAGCAAGGAUAACUAAAGGAGAGACACUAUCAUGAUCCCAUCAGUGAAGCAUCGAUGGCUUUUCAUGUGUACAGUUUCAUUGUAGAUCUGUUAACUGUGUUUCAGGUAUGAAACGUUUAAACCCAGGACUGUGUAGCAGGUUUCAAGACAAUCACCUGCUCUACCUGUAAUCUCAUGGGUCCCUUGCAACUACUGCUUGAAGCAGAAUGGGUUCCCUUUCAAAACUGUCUGUCUGCAAUAGAUUCAGUGUAAAAGUGUCUCAAUGACAGCCAGUACUUUUGAAUAUGGAACUACAAUACCAAUCUGGUUGAAGGACUAGUGAUUUUAAGAUUUCCGAAUCAAGGGCAAGGGAGGCAUGUUAGUCUUUUCUGUGUUGAAUAGAGAAAAGAAAUAAUUUGUUUAUAAUGUACAAUCGUGGUCAUGCCUAUCUGGUUUGAAAGUAUGAAAUUAUAUUGAUAUGAACAUUGACAUACUAAAUAUUUUAGAAUUUUUGUGGUGUGUGCGAAACCAUUUUAUAUUUUUAUUACAUUUUGUACUAAGAAUUUUUUUUCCUACGUUUUUUUUCCUGGGGUAGUUUGAAAAUGUUUUAAUUCACCAUGUAUAAUGUCAGUUGCUGAAAUUUUGAAAUAUUGAAACAUUUAUUGUACCAUCAAGUCUUGUUUCCGUGUUCAAAGAGCCAAUUACAGAUGUCACAUCAACAGCCUAUUGCUCUUCUGUAGUCAACUUGGGCAUCUGUCAAAUAUGUAGUGCUUUGUGAUCUGAUUGUAAUUGGUAUUGAAUCACUAGAAGUUAUGAUUGAUUGAGACUUUAAUAAAAUUGCUGUGUCUAACUGCGAUAGUGAUAUACUUUUUUUGCUCAGUUCAAAAUUCUGUGCUUUGAAUUGAGGCUGAAACAACUCGAUUCAAGGAGGCACUGCAAUAUUAAUUUCAGGAAUACAAUUGUAUUGUGUGUUGUUUCAUAAAUUGUUUUAAGUAUCUGAACAGAAUUGUCUUCAAAUUGUUAUUGACAUUUUUUGGUUUUACCAUAUAAUUGUUCUGUGUGGUGCUGUCAACAUAACACUUGACAUCACAAAGGGAUUUUGGAAAAUUAACCACCUUUGGUUUUUCAUCAAAAUUAGAAUAUAUUCAGAACUUAUUCUGAUAUAGUGUAUUGAGAUGUGUAAUUGUACUGAGAUGCAUCUAGUAUCUUGACUUCAGUAUGUUCUGUGCAUCGUUUCUGUCAUAGAUCAUAUUAGAAUAAUAAAAAUUGUACUAUUACAUAAAGAUGAGGUUUUGGAUAAAAAGCGAAAUUCUGGGAAAAGAUUUUACUCUGAAUAUUAACUUGCCCAAUAAAAUAGAUGCAGCAACUUGCUAGAAAAAAGUCAGUAUCUUUGUGUAAUUUACACAAAUUAUGAAGAUAUUUCCACACUUUUUUCUUUUCACAUUGUAAAUUAUCAAAAUGCUUCUUGCAAUUAUGCAUGCUUGUAAGAUAUUUAUUUAUAUUCUCUGAUGUAGAAAUAAACACAUUCUCUAGA